AAGAUGCACCAGAUGCUUGAAGAGAAAGAUAUCAGAAAUAAUGAAGCUAGAGCGGAGCAGGAGCAGCAGCUAAGGGAAUGGGCUCAGGAACUGGUGGAUGAGUGUGAACAUCUGCAUCUCUUAAUGGGACAGAGUGGAGGCAAAUCCAAAACACUGCAGCUCCUUCCCAGCCCUACCAUUGAUGAGGCGAUCACCUACCUGAAAUGUCUAAAAGACCCUUUAAAGCAUCUCCAUCAGGAGUUAGAUUCUCUGAGGCAAACCAUUGAGCAACUGCAUGCAGACAAGAAGCAAGAGUUAAAGAUUCAGAAGCAACAGCUGAAGAUGGAGCGAAACCAAGCCUUGGAUUCUCUGAAGGAACGUCUCAUUCGGGAGCACAUUGAGGAGCUGAGCAGUCUCAAAUGGGCUCAUAUGAGUGAUGGAGGACUGGAGGCCUCUCUUCGCAAGCAGCUGGAGGCCAAAGAUAUGGAGCUGAGACAGGUCCAGACUAACAUGGCUCUGUGGAAGGAACAGACCACCGCUCGUCUGGCCUGCAAGUUUGAGGAAGAGUUGACAGCUGAACUGGAAAGGUGCAGGACAAAGUUAUUAAAGGGCAGAAAGACAUCACACGCAUCACAAGAGGAGACACAAAGGUCAGAGGGUCAGAGCAGAGUCAAGCAGCUCCGUGUAGAGAACCAGACAUGGAGGCCAACACCUGUGAAGACAGGACCCUGCCUACCUACACAACAUCAAGAUAGUGAAGAGAAUUCAGAGUCUCUUGCCCAUCAUGGUGGUCUCCAGUUAAGGGCUUGAAGCAUCACAUGCUCACCACUGGUAUGGUAAAAACACCCCAUUAUUGAAUAAUCCUGGAACUUGUAAAGCUACAAAAGUAAGAUUAAAAAAGAACCAAACUAUAUUCAGUCAAAUACCUCAUCUGAAUACUAAAUACUAUCCUUUUUAAACAAAUACUCAAUGAUCAAGAACACUACUCUCUCAUUGUGAGCUGUAUCUGAGUGAAGUCAGUAAAGAAUCCACGGUAUUUGAACAUAUUUGGCAUUACUGAAGAAAUGAAUCAUUCACAGUUAAGUGUACUUAAGAUAGCAUCUUAACAAGCAGGUCACAGUGACAAAUGACACAACCAAAUGUUUAGUGGUCGUUUGCACUUUCCUCUGUGACAGUGUUUUAUGGCUCAAGAUUCCAGAGGUUUGCAGGUUUAACAGGAGACUGACAGUAGAAAACCUCAUGAAGCCUUUUUUUUUUGUAGGAAUUGCUGUUA